UAACGUUUAAUAAAAUUCAUUUAAAUUUUAAUAUUUUUUACUCGAAUAUUUUCUACUGGAAUUUUUAAAUUUCAUCGGUCGUAUAAGUAUAUUUAUAGUAUACAUUUGAGUAUUUAUAUAUAUACAUAUAAAUAUAUUUACACAUAAAUAUAGAUAUAUACAUAUACAUGGUACACGUGGUACACUUGUUAUCAUAACCUAAUUUUGUUAUUUGUAUAAAAAUAAACAUAAAUAAAUAUGAACGAAAUAAUAGACAAUAACUUUAUAAAUAAUUAUAAUAAAAUUGAACUAGCCUUGAAAAAUGCUGCUUUUAUUGCUAUUGAUGCUGAAUUCAGUGGAAUUAAGGAAGAGAGUGUUGCUGAUUUAUCAUUAUUUGACUCUAUGCCGCAGCGGUACAAAAAAUUACGCGACAACAUAGAUCCAUUUAUCGCAAUACAAAUAGGAAUAAGUGCCUUCAAGUACAUAAGAGACGAGAAUAAAUACAAAGUUGAAACGUACAAUUUUUACUUACUACCUCGCCAAUUGCCAUUUGAUGACAGGCAAUUUUUGUGGCAAGUUGGAGCGCUGGAAUUUCUAACCAGGCAUCAUUUUGACUUCAACAAGUUGAACUACGAUGGAAUUUCGUAUUUGGAUGAAGAAAAGGAGAAGAAAUUAAGAGACUCAUUAAAAGAAAAUGAUUAUGUGAACAAUCAUGCAAUUUUUACGAACCUAAGCGACGAAACAAUAUUCUCCACUGCGAUUGACAGUGUAGCAAAAUGGGUGAAAGACACUAGAUCAAUUGAAAAAUCAAUUGAAUUGAGCUGUAACAAUAUUGCGCAGCAAUGUUAUAUCCAGCGCGAGCUGAGAUCGGUGUUUAAAUCGAUUUGGACUGAAUCGAAAGGAAGAACUGAGAUUGUGGUAAUCAAAGUAGAUGCUGAGACGAGACAAGCUCUUGAGGAAGCUGAUAAUGGGAGCCUCGAGAAGAGGAUAAUCGAUUACUUUUUAGGGUUUACCAAAGUGUUCAAGCUUCUUGUUGCCUUGAAGAAGCCAAUUAUCGGCCAUAAUGUCCUUUUGGACUUGAUGUUCAUUUACAAGCAAUUUUACAGGCCAUUACCGAAAAAUUAUCUGGACUUCAAGAAGGAAAUUAACAGAAUUUUCCCUAAUAUUUAUGAUACUAAAUUUAUUAGUUAUGAAUUAAAGAAGAAGUUAGAUUCAGAUGUAUUAAAAUCGAAUAUCCUUCAAGAGCUUUACGAAUUUUUCAUAACCACUGGACGUGUAUUAAUAAUAGACUCUCCAAAAAUUGAAUUCGAGAAAGAAAACACAGACGAAGAAAAAUACCAUGACGCUGGCUGGGAUUCUUAUUACAGUGGGUAUUGUUUUGUAAAAACAGCAUACGUACACGCGAUUAAAAAACGCGGUCUACGUGAUGGGUUAAUAGAACUGACCAACUCGGAAAUUUUUUAUGGAGUUCACGAGUACGUUAAUUGCGUUAAUGUGAUACGCGCUGACCUUUCUCACAUUAGAUUAGACGGACCAGAUCCUAAAUCAACUCGGCCACCUUGGCUUAAUAUAAAAACUCAAAAAAUAUCAAUCAAUAUACGUGAGAUUUCAGAACUACUAUCGCCGUUUGGAUCAAUUGCAAUAAAACCUUAUAAUAAAAAAAGUAUUUUAGUAGCAACAUCAAAUUAUCGAACGGCGAGAGAAAUUCUGGAUCAUUUCCAGCGAAGCAAAGAUUACCGCGUCGCUCUUUAUAAUCCGUUGAGAUAUUCAUUAAUUACUAAAUCAAUUAUCUGGAGCAGUGUGGUGUUAUCCAGCGGUUUACUGACCUGGUUUAUCCACGCGAAGAUUACAAAACCUUAAAAAAAAUUUUUUUUUACGAUCUGAGAUCAGUAUUAUUCAAUAAAAAAAAUGUAAUAAUAAUAAUUAUUUGCAGUUUUUUUAAAUAAGAAUAAGCGGUACUCUGUUUUCCGAUAUUUCAAAAGUUUUCUCUGGCCGCAACUCAAGGCUACCCCUCGAAAUAACACGGUAGCUAUUUUGUGUAGGCGUUUUUUAGCUCUGCCGAGCAGCCUCAGUGUCUUGUCCACGUAACAGAGAGCCAUAAACCACCGGAUUGUCAAUGCAGGAGCUUCUUUUAAAAAAAUAGUUUGAAUAUUUAUAAAAAAAUAUUUUACUUUUCUGACAGUCUUCGGCUCAUCACUUUGCAUUUCACAGAUGUCAAAUUAAUUCGUUAGCUGAGGUUAAAUAUUUAUAAAUAAUAUCCCCGAGCAAUUUUUAGCUCCAAAAUUUAUCCCGUCUUUACUUGAUUAAUUGGUUAUUUAAUAUUUUUUUUCCCCCGUCAAAUUAAUCAGAUUUACGAGCUUUGUUCCAUAAAUCAUAACCUCAAUCCCUAAAACGAACAAAGUUAAUAAGAAAUAUGAAUUUUUAUUUAAAUAAAAAUUCUACAUGUCUUAAAAUA